GUUCGGUGUGGGUAGGUGUGCGCGAUCUGUUACAACUUCCACACUCCAUAUUAUAGUUUUGUUUUUCUUUGAAUACACAUAUACACGCACACGACAAAAAAAUAAUUCCUCGUGCAGUGCGCGACGUCACGCUCCGUUACCCAGUGCCCUGUGGUGGCGUAAAACCCUAAUCCAAAAAAACCGUGGCAAAAUGAUCAUGGACACUUUGGACACGCUGCCUAAUCAGCACCACCACCAUCACCAUCACCAUCACCAUCACACAUCGGCGUUUUUGUUGACGGAAAGCGCGGCCGCCGCCGCCGCCGGCGCCCAUCACUUCAACGUGCUCAGCUUCGAUACGUGCCUGUACAAGACGGGGACGAGCAGCAACAGCGGCGGCAGCCCCACACCCGGCUCGAUUUGCUCGCCCUGCGAGGACCCGUCGCCAUCGGAGGCGCAGCCGGGCGACCUCAACACCCCGGUGACCACGUCCAGCGACGCCCCUUCCUUCUUCGGCCCCAGCACCGUCGUGGAACCGCCGCCCAUUACAGGCUCCUUAGACCCGGAAGAGCUGUCGAUCGAACAACAACAACAACAACAACAACAGCAGCAGCAGCAGCAGCAACAACACACGGCCAGUCCUCACCACUCGCCCAGCAGCCAUAUCACAGAAAGAAACACCCCGCAAGAAUCGGCGUUAUCGCCGAGCCUGAGAGAAGAAGAGAACACUAACCACAGCUCGCUCAGCAUGUACCCGCACACGAGCAACAACAACAUGGCCAAGAUGCAGCACAGAAACGUGGUGUUCACCUCGUCGGGCAGCCCCAGCAUCCAGAUGCAAGGCGGCAGCCCGCUGGGCAUGGGCGCCCAACCGAUGGCCCAUUCCCCGUCCGCCGUCAACCAAUGGCUGCUGUCGUCGGGCGACAAGCCCAUGUACCCGUCGAUGUUCAGCCUGCUGCAGGGACCGGGCCAGAGUCCCCAGCAACAGUACCCAUCGGCCACGCCGAGUCCGGCCGGCACCCAAUACGACGACAGAUCGCAAACCGAGCAACUGAUGCUCAGCAUGGACUGCACCAGCAACUUGCCUCUGAAGCAGCCGCCUUCGUACCCAAGCUGCACCGGCGCCGGCACGAAUCUGAUGGACAUGCAGAACGAUCUGGUGUAUACGAGAGUGAGCCAGCCGAUGGGCUCGGCAAAAUACCAAUGGGACAGCCAAGAUUACGGUUCCGCGCAAAACUCUAGUGCGUUAGUGAUACCCGGUCCGUCGUCGCUCGUACCCAAACAGGAACCGUUCAGUGGACCGUGCGGUGAUCUCGGCCAAAGUUCGGUGGCCGGUUACAGUGUGCAAUUGGCCGAGUACAAUCCGUCGACGAGCAAAGGGCACGAGAUCCUCAGCCAGGUGUACCAGCAGAGCCCCGUGCCGCUGAAGCUGGUGCCGGUGAAGCCGAGGAAGUACCCGAACCGGCCCAGCAAGACGCCGGUGCACGAGCGGCCGUACGCGUGCCCCGUCGAAAACUGUGAUAGGAGGUUCUCGCGCUCCGACGAGUUGACCAGGCACAUUCGGAUACACACGGGACAGAAGCCGUUUCAGUGCAGGAUUUGCAUGAGGAGCUUCUCGAGGUCCGAUCAUCUCACGACGCACAUUCGGACGCACACCGGCGAGAAACCCUUCUCCUGCGACAUUUGCGGGAGGAAGUUCGCCAGAAGCGACGAGAAGAAACGACAUGCUAAGGUCCACCUGAAGCAGCGCAUGAAGAAAGAGAGCAAGUUGAACAACAGCAACGCCAGCUCGUCGCAGCAAUCGUCUUCGCAGCAGGCCGGAUCGCAGCAACACCACCAGCACCACCACCACCAUCCGCACCAACAGGUGGGUUCGAUGCACGUGCACCAGAGCCACACGGUGACGAGCGAGGAGGCGAUGAGCAUGUCCCCGGUGGUGACGACGACGCUCUGAGAGGUCGCCACCGGGUUGGAGCCCGGCGAGUGCAUACUACUCAUCCCGGACGACGAGUGCGACGAGGAUGGCGAUCGAGCGCGGAUCAUUUUGGUCCAGAUCGAUUGAGGCGGGAAUCGAUGGGUACUUAAGCGGUGAUGGCGUCGAUCCUGGACGAAAAUUGUUUCGAUGAUGCACUGAAGAUACCUGAUUUUUUGAUCUCUGUGAGGCCUAUUAUAUAGAGCCCUAGUUCGUCGUUAAGUCUGUGCCAUUUUUCUCGCGAGGUAGGUACAGGAUGUUUUUAACAUUGCGACAAUUCGAUUUUUUCAGUCUAAAAUUACGGCAGAUUUUCAGUAAAAUUAUGUUAUCAACUGGUUCCCGUGCGUGAUUCAGUUUUAUGAAUUGCUAAAAAGUUUGUUUUUUCAAUGAUUCUUUUAAGUCCCAGUAUUCCUGUACUACCGCAGACUGAAAAAAAGUCGCUUUGAAGCGACAGGUUGUUAGAAAAUUGAUGUCUUAUUUUUGUACAUUUGAAAAAUGGUUGUUGAUAAUGUAUAUUUUAUUUUUAGUAGUGUUCUAAACACGAUAUAUAGAUUUUUUUAACAAUCUUAGAAAGAGUAACAAAAGCUUUAAUUAAUAUUGUAGGUUUAAAAUCGUUUUUGUUUUUUUUUUAAAUAUUUGCCAAAUAACAAAUUGUCAAAAUACAUUACAUUCCGUACUAUUUUUUUAUUGGUUUUUAAGUAGUUAAAAAGUAUUUAUUUUUUUUCGUUAGCUCCUAAGAGAAACACUAAAAAUCGAGUAAGCCAUUAAUAAUACUUUUUACACAAAAUAAAUCACAUUUUGUUCCUGUAGCAUGGAAAAUUACAUGUCAUUUAUUGUGGUGUGAAUUUCGAAAAAAAAAUCUUCGUCAAAUAUACAACGAUUUUGUCUGGAAUUCUACAUUAUCUAGCACUUUCAAUUCUGAAAUUUCACUACUUUCAUCCUUCAAAAAAUAUUAUAAUUUCGACAUUCAAUCUUACUAUUCUUUACGAAAAAUAUCUUCUUCUCCAAAAUUUUAAUCUCAUUUCACCACUUACCAUCUUGUAUAUUUGGAUAUUGUCAAGUUUGCCUUAAGAAGUGUCUUUAACCUAGUACGAUUACAACAAUGCUGUGCGAGUACACUUUUUUAUGACUAGUAAUUAGCAGCACCAUUUUACGUGAAAUAAAUACUCGAGCAAAUUUCUUCGGAUUAUUUUCAAACGGAGGGGGACAUUAGUAGAAUAGAGUAGAAAAAUAUGUCAAUUAAAAUUAUUUAAUAUAAGUUUUCAGAAAAAUUUACGAAACAUUUUUUCUAGUGUAAUAAUAGUGUUGACACUGGGGAAAAGGUUUUGUUUCACGAAUUUUGUGGAAAAUUUGAAAUUUUAUGUUGGUUAUUAAUAGUUUAUUGGGACUCUCCGUUUCGAAUAUUUUGUUUCUAUUACAGCAAAAUCAUCCUAUAAAAUACUUGACAAUCAUUUUAUAGUUAGUGUUUAGUAUAAAAAACAGUUUUAUAUGAAAUAUUUAAUUUACGUAAAAUGGUAGGAAUAGUCAAAAUAAUAAAUCGGAGCUAAAAAGUCUACUAAGAAAAUUUUAAAAAUCCACAUUAGAAAUAAUUUGUACUUCACUUUACACAUCUUCAUAAGUAAUGUUCAUUUCUAAUGCUCAUCUACUAUAUCUAUAAUAAGUUCAAAUGUCUUGUAAAGUUGUAAAGAGUUGUAAAUUAUUGUACAUAGAAAAGAAUUUAAUUUAAAACAAAUAAUGUUAUUAGAUUUGUAUAUACAUAAUUGAAUAUAUAAAUAUGGAAAAAAAUUGUUGAAAUCCGGCUGUUGUUUAUAAACGUUGUUGAAAUGUGCUCAUGAGAAUAUAUGUAGAUAAAUGACGUUUCUUUCCUGAUUUUGCACAUACCUUUGUACCGAUCUAUUUUUAUAUUAUAUCAAAAAUGCAGUAGUUGAUAUUCGGCAGAAAUGUACAGCUAAUUAACCGUAUAGUUCCUAAUCAAAGCACGCCAGAAGAUUAUGUUGAAAAUUAACGACGAGGAAACUCGAGAUAUCCGUAUUGGGUCGAUCAACUUUCGCUAAUUUCUAAAAAAAUAAAAAAUAUAUGUCGCGUCGUUUAAUAUUAUAUUAUACCUAGUGGGUGUAGGUCAAUUGUUCACCUUUUACUAUUUUCCAGUUCGGCAUUCUUCUAGAAAGCCAUUUCGAUAUCGGACGAUCGAUUUUAACACGGAAAUUAUUCUCGAUUAUUAUAUAAGAAAUAUUUCGAUCUAAUUAAUGUCAAUUUUUUCAUUAUUUUUAGCAUAUUCUUCUACCGCGUGCGCGUAUUAAAAAAACCCGAAAAUUUGUAUCACUAUUUACCGUUCCCCGGUCUCGCACUGCUGAAUUUUCGAAAACGAAUUCGGUAAUUUCUGAAUGUUUACCGAUGAGGCUGCCGUUUCGUGUUAAUGUGAUAAUAAAAAAUCCUCUUUCUAUCCGUCUCGCAGAAGAAUUCUCUGUUAAGGGGAAAAAUUCGACGAACCAGUAAUCAGUUUCUCGAAUUUUCCCCUGAAAAAUAUGCAUGUUUCGUUGUUAAAUAAAUAAAAAAUAUCCGAAUACUAAAAUCGUAAAAACGAAGUUGAUGUGUAUUUCAUGGUUGUGUCAGCUAUUAUUAUGGAUCUUCUUACAGAAACAAGAAAAUAAAAAACUGCUGAUUGAAAUA